CCUUGGCUGUGACCUACUGAAGUCCGCGUGCAAAGCGCCAUGAAAACUAGGUAUUCACUCCGCAAGCAGACCCACCGUCGUGAACCUUCCAUUAUCUCGGGACUCGAAUAAGACGAAGCAGUCGACUUUCCCAACUGCCUCUUCCCCCUGCGUGAUAAAAUUAACAUUAGCACCCGACGACAGCGAGCCUUACCGGAGCCUUCUUCCCCGCUUAAACGUCACCCUGCGAGCAACCCUACAUCAUCCCACCAUGUCCCCCUCCACCACCACCACCCACCGCUCCCCUCACGACACCUCCGCACGCAAGCGCUCCCGCUCUCGCUCUCCCAGACACUCUCACGAACAAAGUCAAGCCUCCAAACGCCCCCGCUCCACCUCACCAUCUGCAGCCCAGCAACCGCACCGCAAACCGCAUCGCCAUCAUCACGACAGCAAACCCCCCGCCGCACAACAGCUCCUCCCCUUCCAACGCCAGCCCUUGCGCAAGCGCGACUUCGACGCCCACCGCGCCCUCUUCGCGCACUACCUCGACUUACAGAAGGACUUGCGCAUCGAGCUUCUCGAGUCGGAGGAGGUGAGGGGGCGAUGGAAGAGUUUCGCGGGGAAGUGGAAUCGUGGGGAGUUGGCGGAGGGGUGGUAUGAUCCGGGGAUAAUGAAGGGAGUACAGGUACAGGUACAGGGAGAAGGGAAGGGUGCUGUUGCUGCGCUACGGCAGGAGAAGAGGGAGGAAGAGGAGCGGGUAGCUGGUAGCGAUGACGAUGACGAUGGAUAUGGGCCUGCGUUGCCUACUUCUGGAGCUGGAGGAAGACUGGGACCUACUGUUCCUUCGCUCGAUGAUUUGCAGUAUAGAUCAGAGCUCGCGGACGAGGACCGUCGGGAUCGCGUGGCGGAUCUCCGGUAUGAGCGCAAGCAGGACAGGCAGAAGCAGAAGGAACGCUUGGAGGAUUUGGUUCCUCGCGCGGAGCCGGGGUCGCGAGAGCGACAGUUGGAGAAGAAGAGGGAUGUCGCUGCUUCGAAUCGCUCGUUUGCUCAAGCUAAAGAGGCGGGCGUGGAGGAGGUGGGAGACGGGGAGCUCCUGGGCGACGAUGGGGUGGACGCGUUCAAGGCGAAGAAGCGGCUGGAGGAGAAGAAGAGGAGUGAGAGGGAGAUUCGGAAGGAGGAGGUGCUCCGAGCGAGGGCGGCGGAGAGGGAGGUCAGGUUGGCGGAGCACCGAAGGAAGGAAGAGAAGACUAUGGAUAUGUUGAAGGACUUGGCCAGGCAGCGGUUUGGUGCGCGGGAUUAGAGAGCUGCUUAAGGAUGACGACUG